AUGGUGCACCGCGGCAGUAUCGUCCUGUGUUUCAGUGCUAUCCUGGCCAUGACCUCGGCAGACACUUUCGGAGCAGGUCUCAAACUACUCGGAAGGAUGUACGACAAUUGCGAGAGGUCACAAGAAAUGAUCAAGUGUUUUAAGAUCCAAGCAGCCAAGCUUGCUGACAGGGCUGCCCGAAUGGAUACUCUCCCAAUCUUGGAAGGAGUUUCUUUAGUUCGGAAAUCAGAAGAAGGAAGAUCAUUUCCAUCGUCUUUGCCAGAAGGUGAUUUGAAUGUAUUGCCAACAGAUGAAGUGGACAAGCUUCUUCAGAUUGCUACUGCAAAGUUCCUACAGAGUCAUCGAGUGGUAUUAAAUCCAUCCAGCGUAGGAGAUGAUAUUGGAAGAUCACUGGAUGAAGCGAGAGGUAAAUUAAAGAAAAUGAUGGGCCCUAUUUUAGUUGGAAUUGCAAUUAAAGGAGGAUUUUUAGCCAUAGCAUUCCAAGCAAUAGCAUUCAUUGCAGGCAAAGCAUUGCUUAUCGGUAAAAUUGCUCUUUUACUCUCAGCUAUAAUUGGAUUGAAGAAGUUGGUUGCCGGUGGAGAAUCACAUGAGAAGACAACAUAUGAAAUUGUUAAACAUCCGCAAGUUUCCCAAAGCCACACUUACUCAGCAUCUCAUUACGGAAACGAUUUCGACUCAACAGGUCCUGGAGGUCACUACAGAAGAAGCGUGGAAGAUGAGGCAGCAGCCCAGGACAGAGCUUACGGUGCAUAUGCCAAACAGCAGUAG